AUGGGUAUGGACGUGUCUGAGAUUGUCACCCCCUUCUUGGGAGCUUUACAGGCUUCAAUUGCCGUCCUUCUAACCAUAUUCUUUGGUGUGCUGGCGGCGCAAUUCAAUCUGCUCUCAGGCGACUCUGCGAAAGAAGUAUCACGGACAUGCGUGUGUAUGUUUCUGCCCGCUUUGCUGAUCACCAAUGUGGGCGCCGAAUUGCAUUUGGAUACCGGUGUCAGAUACCUUCCUGUACUCCUUUGGGCAGUUGUCUACAACCUACUCUCAAUGCUGCUCGGCGUCUUUGCUACCCGCGUUUUUAAGCUGCCUGCAUGGGUUACUCCAGCUCUCGCUUUCAACAACACGACGUCGUUACCACUUCUGUUGGUCCAAUCUCUUGAAUCCACGGGUAUACUCAACUCCAUCCUGAUGGGCGACAGCGACACUUCAUCCGCAGCCAUCAAUCGAGCCAAAUCGUACUUCUUGGUGAAUAGCAUGGUCUCUAACAGCCUGACGUUUGCUCUCGGCCCCAGGCUUCUCCGACCGCAUGACGAAGACGCAACGAAGGACGACAGUGCCAAGCCCGAUCAAGAGCACCCAGGAUCACAUGAUUAUCCGUUCGACCAGCGAGAGGAAGACGUUGAGAAUGCGCCAAUGCCAGUUUUCGUUGAUGAGGAAACCUCCCUCCUUCCGCGUGCUUUGAUCCAGAAGAGCUGCCAAGCCGAACGCGAGGGUUACAAGAGGGGGAGACAUUACUGGGACCGCAUGCCAAACUGGGCUCAAGAGGUAGCAAAAGUCAUAUAUGCUUUCAUCAACCCUCCGCUCAUCGGCGCUCUGCUUGGAGCGCUCAUCGGUCUUGUUCCGGCUCUCCACCGCUUGUUCUUCAGCGAUACCAACCAUGGUGGAUACUUGAACGCAUGGCUGACGGCAGGCAUUAAGAAUAUCGGUGACCUCUUCGCCUCCUUACAGAUCAUCGUGGUUGGCGUAAAGUUGAGCCAAAGUCUGCGCAAGAUGAAGAAAGGAGAAGAGAGCGGUGCUGUGCCAUGGAGGAGUAUGACGUUUAUUACGUUCGUUCGAUUUAUUCUCUGGCCGCUAAUCAGCAUCCCAAUCAUAUGGGCUGUUGCUAAAAGAACUGGCUUUUUGGACGCGGAUCCAAUUCUGUGGUUUGCCAUGAUGCUGAUGCCAGCUGGGCCGCCAGCAAUGAUUCUGGUUGCCCUUGCGGAUGUUAAUGAAUCCGAAGAAAGAGAAAAGAUGGCGAUUGCGAAAUUUCUUACUAUAUCGUAUGCAAUCACUCCACUAGUCUGUCUAGCUGUCGUAGGGAGCUUGAAGGCAAGUGAGGCUGCCAUUGGAUCUAGACUGUGAGACCUCGGUGAAGCAUUAAGACCGUAGUUGGAAUCGUGUAUCUUGCUUCACUGGAAAGAGGGAUUCAUCAAAAGCUAGGAUAAACACUGUACAGUAUUUACGCGCUCUGUCGCGAUUUCUGUUGGCGCUACUAAGACUUAUCGAUCCACCAGGAGGACCUUCUGACAAUCCUAUUACUAUAAUUGUUCAGUUAUUCAAAGUGCGCUCUAGUACACAUUCCCACAAUUACCCUUUCAAAUCAACAUUGCCU